AGUAUUCCAAAAUUUACACGUUGUGUGAAUAAAUUUCUAAACUGAAAUACAUACUUGUUAUUUAUGAGUCGUAGUGCCGAAAAUUAAUAAAAAAAGUAUAAAGUUAAUAAAUUUCAAAAUGCCAGAAUCCACCGGUAAAAAUGAUAUGGAAAAUUCAAGUUCUGCGUCCGCUCCAGAUUCAUCAAAUCAACCAGUAAAGACUGCUAAGCAAUUGGAAAAAGAGGCCAAAAAGGCCGCAGAAAAAGCUGCGAAACUUGCAAAAUUACAACAGAAACUCGAAAAGAAAGCUGCAUCACAGCCAGCAAUUAAAGAAAAAGAAAAGCCUGAGAAAAAGCAAAAAGAAGUAACAAUUUAUGUUGCUGAUACUGCUCCUGGAGAUAAAAAGGACACUACUGGGCCUUUGCCUGAUUCAUAUAGUCCGCAAUAUGUUGAAGCUGCUUGGUAUAGUUGGUGGGAAAAGGAAGGUUUCUUCAAGCCUGAAUACAAUAAGCGGCCUGUUUUAGAAGAAAAUCCUAAAGGUCGCUUUGUGAUGGUUAUUCCACCUCCAAACGUUACUGGUUCGCUUCAUUUAGGGCAUGCGUUAACAAAUGCAGUUGAAGAUUGCAUUACCCGGUUUCAUAGAAUGAAGGGUAGAACUACUUUAUGGGUACCUGGAUGCGAUCAUGCUGGUAUUGCAACGCAAGUAGUUGUAGAAAAAAUGAUAUGGCGUGAGAAAAAACUAACGCGUCAUGACCUGGGACGGGAAAAAUUCAUUGAAAAGGUUUGGGAAUGGAAAAAUCAAAAAGGACAUCGUAUUUAUGAUCAGCUUAAAAGAAUGGGAUCCUCAUAUGAUUGGUCUCGCGUUGCUUUUACUAUGGACGAAAAAUUAUGUAAAGCUGUUACUGAAGCAUUCGUUCGACUUCAUGAAGCAGGAAGCAUAUACCGCAGCUCCCGUUUGGUUAACUGGUCUUGUUCUCUUCGCUCGGCUAUUUCGGAUAUUGAAGUUGACAAAGUUGAUAUUCCUGGUAGAACUUUGCUUUCUAUACCUGGCUAUGAUGAAAAAGUUGAAUUUGGAGUUCUUGUGUCAUUUGCAUAUAAGGUUGAAAAUUCAGAUGAAGAAAUUAUUGUUGCUACAACCCGUAUUGAAACUAUGUUAGGAGAUACAGCAGUUGCCGUACAUCCAAAUGAUGAACGUUAUAGUCAUUUACGAGGUAAAUAUGUUUUACAUCCAUUUUGUUCGAGGCGGCUUCCUAUAGUAUGUGAUGAGUUUGUUGAUCCUGGCUUUGGUACUGGCGCGGUUAAAAUUACUCCUGCACAUGACCCAAAUGAUUAUGAAGUAGGAAAGCGGCAUAAUUUACCUUUUAUAACUAUAUUUAAUGAUGAUGGAUACAUAAUUGGUGAUUAUGGAGAGUUCACUGGGAUGAAACGAUUUGAGUGCAGAAAAAAAUUAUUGAAAAAAUUACAAGAAUUGCAGCUUUAUAAAGAAACAAUUGAUAAUCCUAUGGUAGUACCAAUAUGCAGUCGUUCAAAAGAUGUAGUGGAACCAUUAAUAAAGCCUCAAUGGUACGUAAAGUGCGCGGACAUGGCGGCUUCAGCCACUAAAGCUGUACAAGAUGAAGAACUUAAGAUUAUUCCUGAACAUCACAAGAAAACUUGGUUUCAUUGGAUGGAUGGCAUAAGAGACUGGUGUGUGUCAAGACAGUUAUGGUGGGGACAUAGAAUACCAGCCUAUUUUGUGUCAUUUACUGACACAAAUAUAAAAUGUGAAAUUGAUGACGAAAAAUAUUGGAUAGUUGCUCGUUCUUCUGAAGAAGCUCUUGAAAAAGCUUCACAAAGGUUUAAUGUGGAUAAAUCAAAAAUUCAGUUAAAGCAAGAUGAAGAUGUGUUAGAUACCUGGUUUAGUUCAGGGCUUUUCCCAUUCUCUGUUUUUGGUUGGCCAAAUGAUACAGAUGAUCUUAAGGCAUUUUAUCCAACAGUGCUACUUGAAACUGGACACGAUAUUCUAUUUUUUUGGGUGGCCCGAAUGGUAUUUAUGGGACAAAAACUAUUAGGAAAAUUACCGUUCAAAGAAGUGUAUUUGCAUCCAAUUGUAAGAGACGCUCAUGGUAGAAAAAUGUCUAAAUCCUUAGGAAAUGUUAUAGAUCCAAUGGAUGUUAUAACCGGCAUAACUUUGGAAGACUUGCACGCCCAAUUGUAUAAUUCGAAUUUGGACCCUAGAGAAAUCGAAAGGGCUAAAGCUGGACAAAAACAAGAUUAUCCCAAUGGAAUUCCAGAAUGCGGGACAGACGCAUUACGUUUUGCUUUAUGUGCUUAUAUAACACAAGGUCGCGAUAUUAAUUUAGACAUUUUGCGUGUGCAAGGUUAUCGCUUCUUCUGUAAUAAAUUAUGGAAUGCUACGAAAUUUGCUUUACACUAUUUUGUUGGUGACGAAAAAUUCGAACCAAAAAUAAAAUUGUCUGGGAAAGAAAAUACUAUGGAUAUUUGGAUUUUAUCACGACUUGCAAAUGCUGUGGAAUGUUGUAAUAAAUCAUUUGAAAAUUAUGAUUUUGCUUCCGCUACGACAGCCUGUUAUAAUUUUUGGUUAUAUGAUUUGUGUGACGUUUAUUUGGAAUGUGUGAAGCCAAUUUUUCAAACAGGAAAUGAUGAAGAAAAGGAAGAAUCAAGAAAAGUUUUGUAUACAUGUUUAGACUUUGGGUUGAAACUUAUAUCUCCUUUUAUGCCGUUUAUAACUGAAGAAUUAUACCAAAGACUACCAAGAAAAGAGACUACGCCUAGUAUUUGUGUUGCCUCUUAUCCAGAGUUUGAUGUAUGUCCAUGGUACAACGAAGAUGUUGAAAAAGAUGUUGAGUUUAUGCAGAAAGCAGCUUCCAGAAUACGAUCUGCACGAAGUGAUUAUAACAUACCAAACAAAACGAAAACAGAAGCGUAUGUUGUAUGCACUGUUGAACAACCAAAUAAUGUUUUGAAAAAAUAUAAAAAUGACUUGGCCACCAUUUCUUUUUGUAGUAAUAUAAAAUUUGAUGAAAAACCGCCUAUUGGUUGUGCUAUAAUUACUGUUUCUGGACAAUGUGAAGUCCAUUUAUUGCUUAAAGGAUUGAUAGAAGUUGAAAAAGAACUUGCAAAACUAGGAAAGAAAAAGCUAUUCUUGGAGCAAACUGUAGAGAAAUUGGGUAAAGUCAUGGGUGCAGAAGACUAUUUAAUAAAAGUACCUCCAGAAAUACAAAUUUCAAAUAACGAAAAAUUGGAACAAACCGCGAGUGAAAUAUUACGAAUUACUUCGGCAAUGGAUACUUUAAAACUUAUGUAAUGAGUUUAAUAUUUAAAGCGAUGUUAUUAUGUAUAAUUUGAAGUUUUUAAUUUAAAAGAAAAGAUAAGUGCUGUGACACAUUUUUCAGUUUUUUGAGCUUAUUUAUUCUUAAUAAAGUAUUUUUAUUAUAACGGCA